AUUGUCGCCAGUAUAUUGAAACCCGGAAACCCUUCCCAGCCAACGUGGCAUUCGACAUUUUCAGUCACGUGUAUGGCCUGGCAUAGCCAUGUGAACCUUCUUGCUGUGUCCCUCGUUUUUUCCAGUGGAAAAAGUGUUAUACUUCUUCAUAGUCUCGAUGAGUGCUCGACUUGUAAAUUUACUGAUCCCCCUUUGACCCAUCCCAAGCAGCUUCGAGUCACGUGCCUUCAAUGGAAACCUUUAAGUGGCCGCGUGCUUGCUGUCGGCUGCCAGGAUUGUAUCAUUAUAUGGGAAAUGCCUUCUUUAUUAGAAAAAAAUUGGAAAUCACGGAAACUCAUUGGUUGCGGAAAGCAAUAUCCCGUUACUUCAUUGGAGUUCUGCCCCCGAGGGCGCCUUCUUGCUGCUGGUUCGCUUUAUGAUUCGUCCAUUACCAUAUGGAAUAUGGCGACUGAGCGUCCUGCACCAAUCAAAAGGAUUGGCGGAGGAAUAACAUGUCUUUCUUGGUCUUCAGACGGCACUCGCCUUUUUUCUGGCUAUAAAAGCAAUACUUUUAGAAUUUGGGAUACAAAAAGUUGGAAGUAUGUUAGAGAGUCUUGUGAUACUUUUGUGAAGAGAUGCGUUUGGUCUUCGAAUGGAUCGCUUUUAUUAUAUAUACAAAAGGACCUGAAUUACUUGUAUAUGUACGACAUUGAUCAAAGCCUUCACGGAAUACUAUUAGACCUGAGUUUAUUAAUAUUAGGUUUACUUAUACACUCAAAAGUUAUUGUUUUUCUUUUUUAUUAA